AUGCGAGGGAAUGUGAGAAACUUCGAAGUAAUUUCACUCACUGUCUCUCUUUCUCACGCUAUCUGCGCCUUUCUCUUCAUCGAACGAACCGCACCGUCGCCAUUGUCACCUUCUUCAAGCUUUCAUCGUCGCCGUUCACUGCUGUUACGCUUUCAUCUGUCGCCUUCGUCAGAACAGAACGGAGAUUUUAACGACACCAUCUUCCCUCGACUGGAACGGAAAAUCGGAACAAUGAUUGAGGAAGACAGGACCUCGCCGGACGAUUUAGAAGCUGGAAACAGCCACCGUGACUGCCCGGAGGAAGGUGAUGAGCUUUCAGGGCCGUUCGACAUUGUCCGGACUAAAAGUGCUCCGGUGGACCGGUUGCGUAGGUGGAGGCAAGCUGCGCUUGUCUUGAAUGCUUCCCGACGAUUUCGGUAUACAUUAGACUUGAAGAAAGAAGAAGAGAGGGAAAAAUUGCUUGGAAAGAUUAGAACACAUUCUCAAGUCAUUCGGGUAAAAUGCAUGUUCUACAUUUUUAACCGGCUGCCUUCAAGCCCAAAUCAAAAUGGUGACUUUGGUGUCUCCUCAGAUGAACUUGUUUCGGUAUCUAGGGAGCAUGAUCUUCCUCGUUUGCAGCAAUUUGGAGGGGCAAGAGUAGCUGAGAAAUUGAAAUCAAGUCUGGAUAAGGGCGUACCUGGUAAUGAGACUGAUCUUAUGAACAGAAAGAAAGCUUUUGGGUCAAAUACAUAUCCUCGGAAGAAAGGAAGGAGUUUCUGGAGGUUUGUCUUGGAUGCUUGUCGAGAUACCACUCUGAUAAUUCUGAUGGUUGCUGCUGCAGCCUCCUUGGCCCUUGGUAUAAAAACCGAGGGUAUAAAAGAAGGCUGGUACGAUGGAGGAAGUAUCGCCAUUGCGGUUCUUAUAGUCAUUGUGUUUACAGCUGUAAGUGAUUAUAAACAAUCCCUUCAGUUCCGAAAUUUAAAUGAAGAGAAGCAAAACAUACAAAUGGAGGUAAUUAGGAGCGGGCGGAGAAUUAAGAUUUCAAUAUUUGAUAUAGUUGUUGGUGACGUUGUGCCUCUCAAAAUUGGAGAUCAGGUACCAGCAGAUGGACUUGUAGUAUCUUGCCAUUCCCUUUCUGUUGAUGAAUCCAGUAUGACUGGAGAAAGUAAAAUUGUUCACAAGGAUCAUACACGAACACCCUUUCUGAUGUCUGGAUGCAAGGUAGCCGAUGGCUAUGGCACCAUGCUGGUAACUUGUGUGGGAAUAAAUACAGAGUGGGGACUGCUUAUGGCUAGCAUAUCAGAGGAUAAUGGUGAAGAAACACCAUUACAGGUCCGAUUGAAUGGAGCUGCAACUUUUAUUGGCAUAGUUGGACUUGCUGUGGCAGUGAUUGUUCUGAUUGUCCUUGUAGCCAGAUAUUUUACUGGGCAUACGAGAGAUCCUUAUGGCAGAGUUCAAUUUACAGCUGGGAAGACUAAAGUUGGUGAUGCCAUAGAUGGAUUUAUAAAAAUAUUCACUGUUGCGGUGACAAUUGUAGUAGUUGCAGUGCCGGAAGGUCUUCCAUUAGCUGUAACUCUGACCCUUGCGUAUUCGAUGAGAAAAAUGAUGGCCGAUAAGGCGUUGGUCAGGAGGCUAUCUGCCUGUGAAACAAUGGGAUCUGCGACCACCAUUUGCAGUGAUAAAACUGGGACUUUAACUCUGAAUCAGAUGACUGUAGUUGAGGUGUAUGCUUGUGAUAAGAAAAUUGAUCCUCCAGAAAAUAAGUCCCUCCUUCCGCCAACAGCUGUUUCUUUGCUAUUUGAAGGCAUUGCACAAAACACAACUGGAAGUGUUUAUGUGGCAGAGAAUGGCGGAGCUCCUGAGGUGUCUGGAUCACCAACUGAAAAGGCCAUUCUGCAGUGGGGAGUAAAACUUGGAAUGGAUUUUGGUGCUGUGCAAUCAGAUUCAUUUAUAAUUCAUGCUCUUCCAUUUAACUCGGAGAAGAAGCGAGGUGGUGUUGCACUGAAAUUGUCCGACUCUAAAGUUCAUGUGCACUGGAAAGGGGCUGCAGAAAUUGUACUCGCUUCUUGUACAAGUCACAUUGAUGCAAAUGACCGUGUGGUCCCAAUGGAUGAAGACAAGCUUUCCUUUUAUAAAAAAGCCAUUGAAGAUAUGGCUGCAGGAAGCCUGCGCUGCGUUGCUAUCGCCUGUAGGUUGUGUGAAAUGGAGAAGGUCCCAACUACUGACGAGGAACUGGAGAAUUGGCAGUUCCCUGAGGGUGAUCUCAUUUUGUUAGCCAUUGUUGGUAUCAAGGACCCCUGUCGGCCAGGUGUGAAAGAUGCUGUUCAACUAUGCAUCAACGCUGGUAUUAAGGUACGAAUGGUCACUGGAGACAACCUUCAGACUGCUCGUGCGAUAGCUUUAGAGUGUGGUGUAUUAGGUUCAAAUGCAGAUGCCACUGAGCCUGAUCUUAUCGAAGGGAGGACAUUUCGUAAUCUUACUGAAACGCAGAGACUAGAAGUGGUAGACAAAAUAUCGGUAAUGGGAAGGUCAUCACCGAAUGAUAAAUUAUUGCUUGUGCAAGCUCUUAGAAAGAAGGGACACGUGGUCGCUGUCACUGGAGAUGGCACUAACGAUGCUCCUGCACUGCAUGAGGCUGAUAUCGGCCUAGCAAUGGGUAUUCAGGGCACAGAAGUUGCAAAAGAGAGUUCAGAUAUUAUUAUUUUGGAUGACAACUUUGCUUCUGUGGUAAAGGUUGUGCGAUGGGGCAGAUCGGUUUAUGCCAAUAUUCAGAAAUUCAUACAAUUUCAACUCACAGUUAACGUAGCGGCCUUAAUCAUAAAUGUUGUGGCUGCAGUUUCUGCUGGUAAUGUCCCUCUCAAUGCAGUGCAGCUUCUUUGGGUGAAUUUAAUUAUGGACACAUUAGGAGCUCUUGCGCUAGCCACAGAGCCUCCUACGGAUCAUCUGAUGCGCAGGCAUCCUGUUGGUAGAAGGGAACCACUUAUAACAAACAUCAUGUGGAGGAACUUGUUAAUUCAGGCUGCAUAUCAAGUCACUGUACUCUUAGUCCUCAAUUUUCGAGGAAGAAGCAUCCUGAAUCUGGAGCAUGAUUCGAGUGAUCAUGCUUUCAAAGUGAAGAACACGCUUAUAUUUAAUGCAUUCGUACUCUGUCAGAUAUUCAAUGAAUUCAAUGCUCGAAAGCCGGAUGGAAUCAAUGUGUGGAAAGGAGUUACGAAGAACCAUCUCUUCAUGGGAAUAGUCGGACUUGAGUUGGUGCUUCAGGUUAUCAUAAUCUUUUUUCUGGGCAAGUUCGCUUCUACUGUUCGGCUCAGUUGGAAACUUUGGCUCGUCUCCUUUGCUAUUGGUUUGGUCAGCUGGCCGCUUGCUAUUGUCGGGAAAUUGAUCCCUGUCCCGGAGAAAAGUUUCGGUGAAUUCCUAACCAAGAAAACCCGUCAACCGAGAAAUUCCGACGGUUAA